ACACGAUGCGGCAAUCAUGGUCUCUCAAGAUUACGCAACGACGGACUUUUGCUACUAGCGUCAGGAUAAGCUCUGUGGCGAACUGGUCACAGCGACUUUAUAUGCCAGGGUUCAAUGUGUCCCUGAAUUUCCUACCCACACCGAAUGUUAUCUCCAGAUAUAAUUUCGGUUUCCCAAAUGCCCUAGACCGUGAUCAUUUUGAAGAUGGUACUUUAAACAAACUUGUCACCCACAGAGAUCGUAAUGAUGAGAAUCAUGAACAUCAUUACCGAGAAUCCCGACCGGCGACUGAAACUGUUUGAUAAGCGUAUCACUACUAAAUGGCGCGAAGAGGUUGCUCAGAGUGCCCAGGAUGUGUCCGCGAGGAUGAUGCAUUGGAUCAUUGCGGAGCUGAAAUGGAAGGCAGAUAUCUUGAGGGACACAGGCUUCGGAAAAGUCUUUGAUGACAGCGUGGUUAACCGUGAUCUCUUUGGCGAUCGAAUUAAGUUCAAAGGAGUCGAACCUGAGAACGACACUUGCCCUCCGCCUGAAGGUCCACGAGAUGAUGCUGAGGAUUAUGACUUCGACCACUUUGAAGAGCGUCGAGCUGAGUGUCACAAAACCCUUAUAUCCGGCGGUCAACUUCCAGAAGCAUUUUCCGAACCAAAAGUUUCAAGUGAUUGUGAAAUUGGCGAGCAUUAUGUUGACGCCAGAAAGCCCGAGUAUGAGGGAGGGACGUGGCAUAUUGAAGGCCAACUGAAUGAGCGCAUCGCAGUGUCGGCGAUCUACUACUACGAUAGCCACAAUAUUACAGCCAGUGCACUGGCUUUACGGCACCGUGGAAUGUCUGGAAUGUACGGUGUGAUUCAUGAACAGGAUAUGCAUCACUUCCUUCAGCAAACAUACGGCUUCCCUGAGGAUGUAGAUGGCCGGAAUGAAGUCCUGAUUACCCAAGAUCUGGGAAGCGUGGAUACGACGGAAGGUCGUCUGAUCACCUUCCCUAACACGCUCCAACACCGGGUCUCCGUCUCUCUGGCAGAUCGCUCCAAGCCUGGCCAUCGCAAAAUCCUCGCCCUGUUUUUCCUUGAUCCACAUCACCGCAUCAUCUCCUCUGCUAAUGUUCUUCCUCAAAGAGAAGACUGGCGGAGAACUGGAAACCGUGCUUCGGGCUACGCUCAUGGCACAACCACGAUGACCAUGGAGGAGGCCAAGGCAUUAAGGCUUGAGCUCAUGGAAGAGCGGGGGCAUAGUAGUCAGGAAAGCAACAACUCGUUUGAAAUGGGAGAGUUCAGUCUGUGUGAACACUGA